UUAGGAAGGAGAGGCCCUCACGUGCAGGGGCCUGGGGCGGGGUAGGCUUUAAGGAGGGCAGACCAGCGCCAGCUGGACAGAGUUUGGGAUGCCUUGCUCAGACGUGUGGGCCUUUUUCUGCGAGGUUUUGGGUGGGGAGCAGCAGGUUUAGGAUUUGUGUCUUGGUGGGGGGACCCUCCUUUGGUGGGCUGGAGGUCAGGGCAUCAGGCAGGAGGCAACUACAGGGACCCCACAGAGAAGAGGCCAGGCCAGCAGAGGGCAGGGGCUCUGGGUAAGUGGAGACUUGUUUGGGGAAAGAAUCAGCAGCCCUGGAUGAAGACCAGGUGUGGGCUAUGAGGGAGGGCGAGGCGUCCGGGGGAUGAGCCUGGGUUUCUGCCGCGUUCCUGGGCAGACAGGAGACCCCGUCGCUGAGAUGAAGACCCAGGGAAGGGCAGCCCGUGUCCUCGUGAGGCUGGCAUGCAGGAUGGCAGGACAGCCUAGCCACCUGCCCCAUGGAGGGAGCCCGAACAACCUCUGCCACACCCCGGGGCCCGCGCACCCUCCCGACCCACAGAGGCACCCGAACGCCCUGUCUUUUCGCUGCUCACUGGCUGACUUCCAGAUCGAGAAGAAGAUCGGCCGAGGGCAGUUCAGCGAGGUGUACAAGGCCACCUGCCUGCUGGACAGGAAGACAGUGGCUCUGAAGAAGGUGCAGAUAUUUGAGAUGAUGGACGCCAAGGCCCGGCAGGACUGUGUCAAGGAGAUUGGCCUCCUGAAGCAACUGAACCAUCCAAACAUCAUCAAGUAUUUGGACUCGUUCAUUGAGGACAACGAGCUGAACAUUGUGCUGGAGCUGGCAGACGCGGGCGACCUCUCGCAGAUGAUCAAGUAUUUCAAGAAGCAGAAGCGGCUCAUUCCCGAGAGGACAGUGUGGAAGUACUUUGUGCAGCUGUGCAGCGCCGUGGAACACAUGCACUCCCGCCGGGUGAUGCACCGAGACAUCAAGCCUGCCAACGUGUUCAUCACAGCCACGGGCAUCGUGAAGCUCGGUGACCUUGGCCUGGGCCGCUUCUUCAGCUCCGAGACCACCGCGGCCCACUCCCUAGUGGGGACACCAUACUACAUGUCACCGGAGAGGAUCCAUGAGAACGGCUACAACUUCAAGUCUGACAUCUGGUCUCUGGGCUGUUUGCUGUACGAGAUGGCAGCUCUUCAGAGCCCCUUCUAUGGAGAUAAAAUGAACCUCUUCUCCCUCUGCCAGAAGAUCGAGCAGUGUGACUACCCGCCUCUCCCCGGAGAACAUUACUCUGAGAAGUUACGAGAAUUGGUCAGUAUGUGCAUCCACCCCGACCCCAACCAGAGACCCGACAUCAGCUACGUGCACCAGGUUGCCAAACAGAUGCACGUGUGGACUUCGAGCACCUGAGCGUGGAUGCAGUGCGCCUUCUCAGAAGCCACACCGCUCUGCCUUACCUGAGUCUUCUCUCCAAAGUGGCCACCUGGUAGCCGAGACCAACUAAGACAAGAGGGUUCAGCAGGUUCCCCAAAGAGGGGCCGGGCUUUACAGCAGAUGCUGAAUACAGGGCUGCUGGGGGGAGGGGCACUGGUCACGUGUUACUGGUGGUCAAAUUUGAAAGUCCUUUCUUUAAACUGUUGUGAACACUCAGCUGGGUUGUUAACAAGGGUGGAUGGUUCAGUGAGCCGCUGAGGCACCUCUUAUAUCUGGAUUGUAAUGUGAAUCUUUCGGAUAAUUCCUUCAGUGACCUGUCAAGGUUUGAACUAACAGGAGAAUCCAGGAGACUGUGUGAUUUGUAGUGAGCCUUUUAAAAUGGUUAGUAGUAAGUUUGGUUUAGCUCUUGGAAUCUUUUCAAACAAUCAAGGCUGUGUGCUUAAUUUACUCUGUUGUAAGGGGAGAAAGUGGAAAUAAUUUUUUAAGUAGAGUGGAGAUUUUCCUAAUAUUUUUAUCUACGUUUAUAACUUGAUGAAUGACGAUGAGGCGAACCCAGCAUCUGCUAUAGAGGCAAAUAGUAUUUGAAAGCCAUGAGUGUUUUCUGUGCAGCCCGGCUCAGCCAUCCUCUCCUGAACACCUGCUAGUACUAGGCACCUCACCUGCUUGAAUGCUGGCAGUUCAUUUAAUGAUCAGUGUUAAGUGUUUUCCUCCAUGAGAAGGAAGCACAGGAUACGAAAAAUAUGCGGGCUUUGCCCUCAGGCUAUUCUCUGUACAAGUUCUGGUUCUGCACCUUCCUAGCAUGACCCUGGGCAAGUUUCUUAGCCUCUCUGAGCCUGUUGCCUCAUCUGUAAAAUGGGACUAAUAACAUCUACCUUCAGGGUUGCUGACAGAAUUUGAAAUAAAAUAUGUAAGUUACCUAGCACAUUGUAGACGAUCCAAAAAUGGUAGCCACUCACCCCUUCAAAAAGCUGAAGUCCAUGGACCAUGUAAGUCAAGAGUUAAUGUACAGCUGUAUUCUUUGUAGGAAACCAGAAAUGUGUUCAUUUAUUUCUUGUUCCCAAAUAGGAUUAACUGUGAAGACUAAUUUAUAAAUGUGAACUUAAGGAAAACUCAAGCUCUGAAGGAAAUAGUUUGAAUUUUGUUUUUACACUCAAGUUAAUCCUCAAAUGGUCUAAGUUGUCAUCCACGACUGAGUGACAGUUCAGCCCUCCAGAAAGAGUACAUGCCUGUCCGCUCCACUGGUGUCCUGGUCAGGAGCUCUGACCAGGCCUCCCUGGGGAUAAAGGAUCUGGGCUGGGCCACUGCGCCGUUUCCAUGUGUGAACUCUGUUCUACUGUAACACUGUCGGGUUUGAGAAAUUUUCUUCAGAUGCAGCCUCUGCUUUGUACUCAUUCUCCAUGGUUGAAAUAAAAUGGGGUAAGAGGGGUUCCUUC